CAUUUAUAAAUAUCGACAGUCAUUUGAUUAAGAUCACAUGGUUCAAAUUUGAUAUUGAUAUUUUAAAUUACAAAAAAAUUGUUUUUCUUUGAAUAAUUUGAUCAAACGAUUAUUAAUCAACCCAAAUAUAUGAAAAUAUUGACAGAAGGAGAUCAUUUCCAUCCUACAUAGGCCACCAACAAUUUGGACAUUCAUUUACUUCCAAAAUUCCUUCAACACCAAUUGCUUAAAAAAUAAUCUCUCACAUUUUAUACUCUCUUUGUCAUUGUCAUUUGAACCCUCUCUCACUCUCAUCUCAUCUCACUCGUUUGCGUUGUACUGCCAAUUUCUCUCAUUCCCAUCAUAUUCAUUUGACAAAAUCAAACCACCUUCAUCACCUUUUCCCUUAACUUUCAAGCUAAUAACCAAUCCAUCAAUCCCUUUAACACCACACCAUAACAUGCCACACAAACACAAACACACCACAAUCACAUUACAUUAACAACAAAAAAACAGAGUCAUUAAAAAAAAUGAGGAACCGAUAUUAUAAUUACCCUCUCCAACAGAGAAAAUUAUUCAUCGGAUUAACAACAGUUGGAUUAAUAGUCGCUGCAUUAUUCAUCGUCACCGCGAUCACCUCCGACACAUCAUCAUCACUACAUUGUCCAAUCUCUUCCGGGAUCCAAACCCAAACCCGAACCCGAUCAAAUGACAAUAACAACCCAUCCCCGAUCCAACUCAGAGCAAUUCUCCACUACGCUACAUCACGUGUUGUUCCUCAACAAUCCGUGUCAGAGAUCAAGAUCAGUUUCGAUGUAUUAAAAUCAUACAAUCGUCCCUGCAAUUUCCUAGUCUUCGGUCUCGGCCAUGAUUCUCUAAUGUGGGCUUCGUUUAAUCCAGGUGGUAACACAUUGUUCCUUGAAGAAGAUCCUAAAUGGGUUCAAACCGUUUUAAAAGAUGCACCGGGCCUUCGAGCCCAUACGGUUAAGUACCGGACACAGCUCCGUGAAGCCCAUAAACUCAUUAACUCGUAUCGGUCUGAACCUAUGUGUUCUCCUUCUAAAGCUUAUUUACGUGGCAAUGAAGCUUGUAAGCUUGCGCUUGAGAAUUUACCUGAUGAGGUUUAUGAUACGGAAUGGGAUCUUAUUAUGCUUGAUGCUCCUAAAGGGUAUUUUGCGGAGGCACCGGGGAGAAUGGCUGCCGUGUUUUCUGCUGCUGUUAUGGCCAGGAAUAGGAAGGGAUCUGGUGUGACCAAUGUUUUUUUGCAUGAUGUGGAUCGUAAAGUGGAGAAGCUUUAUGCUGAGGAGUUUCUUUGUAAGAAGAAUUUGGUUAAAGGUGCUGGUAGGCUUUGGCAUUUUCAGAUUCCGCCUGCUAACGACACCCAUGCUGCUCGUUUCUGUUAAACUCCUCGUUAUCAUCUAUGAACUACAGAUACAUACACGAACACCGGAUACUUAUAAUAAUUUGAGGCGAUGGUAUAGUUUGAUGUAAUUACAUGCGUCAAAAUUGUGUCUGAAGAGCGAGUCAGCCUAAUCUAAAGUGUGUCUGUGCUUCGUAAAAUUUCAUUGGUACUCUUCAAGUGUUGAUCAUUUUUCUUGUUUUUGCUUUUUGUUAUUAGAGAUAAUGCCAAUGAUAGAAACAGGGUACCAUGUGUUACAGAGUUACGUUACAUUUCUUUUUUGGUUGAUAAGAACGUUACAUUUUUUUUUAUCAUUACAAUACUAUGUUACAUUUGGUUAUUCCAAAAUUUGGUGACAAACGGAAUCACCGACAAUUAUAGAGGAAUGCAGAUGCUGAAAUUGGGCACUGCACCUUCCUUUUCCUGACAGGAAUGGGCACAUGCGAAUAAUGUAAUUUUCUUUUUUUGUUUAGACCUUUCGAUGUUGCUGGGAAACUAAGAAAGGUAUAUGUAGUAGUACAAAUUAGGUGUUACUUUUUUAGUAUUUGUUUGUGUUAUUAUAUGAUGAUGAUGAUGAUUUGCAUUUUAUAGUAUAUAUUGAUGGAACA